UACUUUCUCCUCACACUUCACCAAAUCAACACAUGGCAACCACUUCCCCCUCUCUCCUCUUCCUCCUCUUUUCUCUCCUCACCCUCUCCGUCUCCCUCAUUUCUUCUUCACCUGUUCAAAACCCUGAAUUCGUUGCCCAGGAAGUUAACAGGAAAAUCAAUGCCUCUGUGGCCAGGAGGAAUUUGGGUUACCUGUCAUGUGGGACAGGUAACCCAAUAGACGACUGUUGGAGGUGUGACCCGAACUGGGAGAAGAACAGGCAGAGGCUGGCGGAUUGUGCAAUUGGGUUUGGGAAAAACGCGAUUGGAGGAAAGAACGGGAAAAUCUACGUGGUGACGGAUUCAAGCGACGAUGACGCGGUGACGCCUAAGCCGGGGACGCUCCGUUACGCGGUGAUUCAGGAGGAGCCUCUUUGGAUCAUAUUCGCGAGGGACAUGGUGAUUAAGCUGAAGGAGGAGCUUAUAAUGAACUCGUUCAAGACGAUCGACGGAAGAGGAGCCAGCGUGCACAUUGCGGGUGGGCCAUGCAUUACGAUUCAGUAUGUGACGAAUGUUAUAAUCCAUGGCAUAAACAUUCAUGACUGUAAGCAAGGGGGGAAUGCUAUGGUGCGGGACUCCCCACGGCAUUACGGGUGGAGGACCGUAUCCGAUGGUGAUGGCGUGUCCAUAUUUGGAGGAAGCCACAUAUGGGUUGACCACUGCUCUUUGUCUAACUGCAAUGAUGGGUUGAUCGAUGCCAUUCAUGGGUCUACCGCCAUUACCAUCUCCAACAAUUACAUGACUCACCAUGAUAAAGUGAUGCUUUUGGGCCACAGCGACGCCUACACUCAAGACAAGAACAUGCAGGUCACAAUUGCUUUCAACCACUUUGGGGAAGGGCUGGUUCAGAGGAUGCCAAGGUGUAGACAUGGAUAUUUUCAUGUGGUGAACAAUGACUAUACCCACUGGGAAAUGUAUGCCAUUGGAGGAAGUGCCGACCCAACUAUCAACAGUCAAGGAAAUAGGUUCGUUGCACCCGAUGACAGAUUCAGCAAAGAGGUGACAAAGCAUGAGGAUGCACCAGAGAGCGAAUGGAAAGGGUGGAAUUGGAGGUCUGAGGGAGACCUAAUGGUAAACGGUGCGUUUUUCACAGCAUCGGGAGCAGGAGCCUCCUCUAGCUAUGCAAGAGCGUCUAGCCUGAGCGCGAGGCCAUCUUCGCUGGUGGGCUCCAUUACGACCAAUGCGGGUGCACUCAUCUGCAGGAAGGGUUCCCGCUGCUGAUUAUGACCAUGACCCCGAGAAAAUUAUUAAAAAAAUGAAAAGAGAAUGACCCUAUUAAUUACCUACGGUCAUUUGUUUAGCUAGGCUGUAUAUUUUCCUAUGUUUUGUUCUUCCAUUCUAUUCUUUUCUUUCCUUGUUUAGUUUUUCUUACAUUGUUUUUCACCAUUUGUCUUUUGGGGUUUCUGAUAUGGUCUACUUUCGUAUGAUUACAACCUCUGCCUGUAAACUUCACAGAACCAAAUUGGUGAAUCUGGUAUGUGAGAAAGCAAGUGCAGAAGAGUUGAUAUUGAUAUAUAUAAUAUUUGUGAUUAUGUUCAAUUUUGAA